AUGAAGAAAUUUGGAGAACGAUCAAAUGAUUCCGCCACAACGUCGAGAAGACGACUCGAAAAGAUGAUUCGGCAUUUGACUCCCGAAAACUGUCCUCCAAUGAUGGAAAAAUCAAUGAAUGACCUGAAAUUUAAUUCUAUCCAUGUCCAACAAGAAUGGAUGGAAAAUUCUCUCGGGGACUUUCGAGAAGAAAAAUUAUUCUUGCUACAACGAGCUAGACAAUUGUUUAAUGAUCAAGAUUCAUGGUCCGAUCAAAUUUUGAAAGAAAAUGAAAACAAAGAGAAAUGGAAUGUAUCUAUUCCGGAUAACAUUGGACCAUUCACUCGACUUUUUGAUCAUUUCGGGAUUUAUUUACCCUUACCUUUAGAUUUGGCCCAGAUGAAUGCACAGCCAAAUGAUUUUCAAUACUCAUUGUUUAACUUAAUUAUUCCAGAAAUAUCUGAAAGUGAAACAGCACCAUCUACUGCUGAAGGAUUAAUUUCUAAAUUACAAAAUUUAAAAUUUACACAAAUACAGGAAAAAUCGAUGGGUUAUGUAAUUUCCAUCUAUAUCAAUUUAUUGAAAGGGAAUUAUGAAAAUGUACUUGAACAAAUUCAACAUGCAAAGAUGAGAAUGCAAAACAAAACUGACUACAUUUUAUUAUAUUUGGAAAGCUUGUGUAGAUAUCUAUUACGAGGGUACGAUACAGCUCUGCUGUUGUGUGACUCUUGCAUCGGCAUUAUGUUAAAUAAUAACAAUAUUGUUAUCGAAAAAGAACUUAAUUGUGACGAAUUUUUAUCUCGAAUAUCAACCUCUCAAACGGAAAUCCCUAAAAACAUUCGAAUUCAACCCCUCAUUCUUUAUUCUUGGAUUUUGUUUCAUUUAUACGAAUUUUCACAUGCUGAGAGAGUUCUUGUGACUUGUUGUGAAGAAAUAUUUCCCUUUAAUGCUGAAGCUCAUUUUAAUUAUGCUCAACUAUUGGCUGCAAUGUAUGGAUGUUCAAAUCUUGUGGAUAAUUGGAAUCUCCCUGAACACAUUUUUAACAAGAUGAAUUCUCAUUUGAAACAAUGUAUUGAGCUCUAUAUUCAUGAGGAUAUUUCACUGUCUGAUGCGACAAACAAAACAGGGGACACCAACACCACCAUUAUUAAUAACGAAACACAACAAAACCAAAGCAACAUUCCACAAAGCCCAUAUUAUUCCAUAUUUAAAUACUGGAACUAUUAUUUGCACUUCUUGAAUCAUUGUCCAAACAUGAGGACCCUACUCGAUCAUCAUCUACAAUAUCUAGAAAAUUAUGUUUACAAAUCUCUGACACAGUGGUAUGGAAUAGAUUACAAAAAGUUACUUGAUGAUAAAUCUAGCUCAGCAAUACCUAGUCUUGUUGUCAACAACGAAAAGACAAACAAUCUUCCAUCCGCCAUGAUCCAUCCCAUUGAUUUAGCCUAUCUUUUGGUGGUAUAUGCUCGAUGGUAUGCCCUUAAUUAUCUCAGCUCUCAAGAUGAUGACAAGUUGGCAUCGUUGAAUGAAUCCAGAACAAAAGAAGAUCCAAGAAUUUCCAAAGCUCACCAACUCUAUCGAAUUGCAUCCAAUGUGGAACUCAUUGCAUACACUCAAUUCAAUCACAAAAGUCAUGACUCAGAAUCUUCCAGGCGUUUGGCUUUCGUAUUUUACUGUAAGAGACUUGCAUGUACUCAGAUGUUUUCCAUCUCAAGAGAAUUUAACAAUUUUAAACAGAGAUUUCUUGUCGGCGUGUGA